UCCUUUUACUCUUCAUAUAAUUACUUCCUUAAUUAAUUACUCUUAUAUUGCUAAUAAUUUGAUUUAGUCAUGGCGGCUGUCCUCCGGCGACCGGAACCUUGCUUCUUGCUUGUGUUUUCCCUGUUCCUCGGACUGGUUUCUGCUCAGCUGUCAUCGGACUACUACUCGAAAUCAUGCCCGAAAGCGCUCUCCACCAUUAAAAGCGUCAUAAGUGACGCCGUGGCGAAGGAACAUCGAAUGGGAGCCUCUUUGCUCCGCCUUCAUUUUCACGACUGUUUCGUUAAUGGAUGUGAUGCGUCUAUACUUCUAGAUGACACUUCGACUUUUACCGGAGAGAAGACUGCCUUAGCAAAUUCAAAAUCAGCUAGAGGUUUUGAAGUGAUUGAUACAGUGAAGUCAAAACUGGAGAGUUUAUGUCCGGGAGUUGUUUCCUGUGCAGAUAUUUUAGCCGUUGCUGCUCGAGACUCUGUAGCAGUAUUGGGAGGUCCUUCUUGGGUGGUUCAACUGGGGAGAAGAGAUUCUUCUACAGCGAGUUUAGAUGAUGCAAACAAUGAUAUACCAUCUCCUCUGAUGGAUCUCAGUGACCUUGUUUCUGCUUUUUCUAAUAAAGGCUUCACAGACAAAGAAAUGGUUGUCCUUUCAGGAGCUCAUACAAUUGGGCAAGCUAGGUGUUCAACAUUCAGGACACGGGCCUACAACGAGAGCAACAUCGACGCAUCGUUCGCGACGUCGUUGAAGUCGUCGUGUCCGAGCACCGGCGACGACGACAAUCUCUCCCCGCUCGACACCACCAGUCCGGUGGCGUUCGACAACGGCUUUUUCAAGGCCUUGGUGGACAACAAGGGCCUUCUCCACUCCGACCAGCAGCUCUUCAGCGGCGGCUCCACUGACUCUCAGGUCACGGCUUACAGUAACCGCCCUCUCACUUUCGCCGCCGAUUUCGCCAAAGCCAUCGUCAAGAUGGGGAACCUCAGCCCGCUCACCGGAACCACCGGCCAAAUCCGUACCAAUUGCCGGAAAAUAAACUGAUCGCCCGCCAGCGCGGCGCAGCUUUAAUUUGGGGUGUUUAAUUUGCUUUUCAUGCAUUAUUAGUUUUCUUCUUCUAAAAAGAAGAUUUGGGUGUUUACUUUUCAUGCGUAUUGUGUCUUGUGUGGAUUGCCAUUUUAGUUCUAAGAAAACUUGCCGGAACCGGUGGCCGGAAAAGCUAUUGUAUCCGUUAUUUGUCUCUCGCCCGUCUGAAGAUGAUUGGGCUUUUUCUUCGUCAAAGAAAGGUUAUA